AUGUGGCAGACUGCACAUGGGGUGGCCCUAGAUGGGGCCUCAUGUGGUGAUUACAUAUGGGGCGUCCCAUACAGCACGACGACGGUGGAUGCCGGGGCGCACAGCGGCGAUGGCGCGCAGUACCAGUCGCACAUCCGGGGCCUCAACGCGUACGAUUGCCAUAAGAAGUUCAUGAAGGAUUAUUGUAUCUGCUGCUGCUCGUACAUGAUAUCCAUCAUUCAUUUUCUGUGUGCCACUGAUAUAUGUCUUUACCUUUUAACAGUUCAGUUUUAUGGCCAUGAGAAAAAUGUGGAUAACAGUCUGCCCAUCAAAACUGAUAAGGAUACAUUGAGAGAAGGAUACAGGUUCAUUCUUUCUGAGGAAGAUGACAUGGAUUCAACUUGGGAGAAGAGGCUGGUCAAGCGUUACUAUGACAAGCUUUUUAAAGAGUAUUGCAUUGCUGACAUGACCCAGUAUAAAAAAUGCAAGAUUGGAUUGAGAUGGAGAACAGAAAAGGAAGUGAUAUCUGGCAAAGGGCAAUUUAUCUGUGGUAAUAGGCGUUGUGAUGAAAAACAUGGGCUAGGCAGUUAUGAGGUGAAUUUUUCUUAUGUUGAAGCAGGGGAGCAGAAACAAGCACUAGUGCAGCUGGUAGCUUGCAAGAGAUGUGCAGAAAAGCUUGCUUAUAAGAGGCUGAAGGAGAAAGAGAAAGAGAAGGAGGGGGAUCCCUACGGUGAAAAGGAAAUUGAGUUGAAAGACAGGGACAAGAGAAAGAGAGAACACGAAGGAAGUGAUGAUACCUCUGAGGAUGAGGCCAAGAAAGAUAGAAGAAAGAAAAAAGAUCGGAAGGGAGCUUCUUCAAGGAGUUCAGGAAACAACGAUGAAGGUUUCGAAGAGUUCCUCGAAGGCAUGUUCCCAAGAUCUGGUUUUCUUAGGGGCUACAAAAAGUUGUUCCAUGCUCUUUCGGGGAAAAAAACGAGCACGGAUCUUGUAACAAAGCCAUCAGUAGUGGAGUAG